UACACACAAUAGCCUAAUGUAGUAUUUCUUGACUUUGUAGCCAACAAACAACAAUCAUGGCUAAACGUUUUCAGCUUAUUCUUCCUCUCUUCUCAACGAUUCUUCUUCUUGCCGUCACUGCAGAAUCCAACUCUUACUCCAAAACGACUCCGUUUCAAGGAUACAAGCCAGAGAAACUCACGCACCUCCACUUCUACUUCCAUGACGUAAUAUCCGGUGACAAACCCACCGCCAUAAGAGUCACAGUGCCCCCCGUCGUAAACUCCUCCGCCGUCUCAUCAUUUGGUGUGGUUGUGAUAGCCGACAUCCCUUUGACUGAGGGACCCGACCGGAGCUCCAAGGAAAUCGGGAGGGCUCAGGGGAUGUAUGCGUCGACGGAUAUGAACACCUUAAGCUUCACCAUGGUGUUUAACUUGGUGUUCACGGAAGGUGAGUUUAACGGCAGCACCGUCUCUAUGUACGGACGGAAUCCGAUAUUCUCAAAAGUGAGAGAGUUUCCGAUAAUAGGAGGUACCGGUGCGUUCAGGCUCGCUAGAGGCUAUGCACAGGCCGACACUUACUCGAUUAGUGGUUUGGAUGCCGUGGUCGAGUAUAAUGUCUUCGUUUCGCACUAAAUGACGAUGAAAUACAAAUAUCGAACUUGGUACGUAAUGACUAGAGUGAACGAACGUAACCAAUAACGCUGAAUCAUUCAAACAUUUGGCAGUAAUGUUUGGGGAUCUUUUUUUAUGUAACUCGAGAAUAAAUUGUAGUUACACUUCUUUUGUUGAUGUUCUUAUAUUUUGAUUUUGCUUUUCUUUGAAACCUGAUGUUGUUGUUGUUGUGUCGACUAAAGUUUAAUAAAAGGUGUGUGAGUAUA